AUGGGUCGUUCGCCCAGCCCGCGGCGGCGCGAUGACAGGCGCAGAGAUCGAGACAGAGACAGGGAGAGAGACCGGGAUAGGGACCGUGAGAGGCGGAGGCCUCGGACCCGGUCCCGUUCGCGGUCUUUGGAACGUAGGCGGCGCUCCCCGGACCGCCGACGCAGCCCCUCGCCGCGCCGCCGCCGCUCACGCUCUGCAUCACCUGGACCUUCCACAUCCUUCGUGAAGCCCAAGAAGACCUUCGGCGAGCGUCCGAUAGUCACCCCAGCGGAUCUAGAAGGUAAAACUCCUGAGGAACAGGAGAUGCUUAAAGUUAUGGGCUUUUGUGGGUUUGACUCCACUAAGGGGAAGAAGGUGGAUGAUAAUGUUGAAGGUGACGUCCAUGUGGUGCUGAAACGUAAGUACAGACAGUAUAUGAACAGGAAGGGCGGGUUCAACAGGCCUUUAGACUUUGUUGCAUGA